AUGUGGAGCUUUAAAAAAGAUGACAUCAUCAUUCAACCCAAGGUUCACAAGUACACCUUAGUAUGGCUGCCUGGAUGAACAAGAACUCCAAAAGUAGAUAAGCGAGUCUUUCAAAAUGCACCUAUGCUUCAAGAUAUGAGAAUCCGCAUCCUGAUGGCUCCAUCAAGAAAAAUUGUUUCAAACUCUAGGCUUUCUGUUCCUUCUUGAUAUGAAGGUGUAGCAAGCAACUUUUCAACAAUUUUCCCAUCACUUAACGAAAUUUCUCAUCUAGUAGAUGAAAUUAUACAAGAGGAAUAUGAUUUGUGCCAAAAUGUAUUUUUAGGUGGAUUUUCACAAGGAGGAGCGACCGCAAUUUACACAGGUUUAGUUGUUUCGAAGGUUCCUUUGCUUGGAAUAAUUGCACUUUCUGCGCCUCCAUUUCCCUUUAUAAUCAGAUUGAUUAAUUUGGAAUUUAAUAUGCCUAGGAUAAAAAAAGAUAGGGCCAAUUUUAAGGAAUGAGUCUAGCAGAUGUCUAGAGAAUUUAAUAUAAAACAAUAUAAGAUAAAAUUAGAAAGAAAGAAAAUACCUGUAUUUGUUUAUAUGGGAGGAAAAGACGAGAUUUUAAAUGAAGAGCUUACAAGAGAAAAAUUCAAGAAUCUAUUAAUAGGAAUGACUAUAACUUACACAAAUGAUGAAUUAUUAGGCCACAUGUACAGUUGAAAAGAAUUCGUGCUAUUGAAGAAAUGGAUGAAAUCUAUAGCGCCAGCAGAGCAUAUUUAA